GGUUGUCAUUUGUCAAAUUCAAUUCGAUUUGUUUUGUGUGUACGUAUGUUGGAAAUGAUUUUAUUGUUUUUAAAUAAUUAAACAAAUAUCGAACAUGGGUAACGCUGAUACAAAAUUAAAUUUUAGAAAGGCUGUAGUUCAGCUAACAUCUAAAACACAGCCAAUCGAUGCCACCGAUGAUAGUUUCUGGGACCAGUUCUGGUCAGAAAGUGUAACAAACAUACAGGAUGUUUUCACAUUGGUCCCUGGCGCUGAAAUACGGGCGCUACGAGAAGAAUCGCCGAACAAUCUGGCCACUCUUGUAUACAAGGCCGUUGAAAAAAUGGUGAAAACUGUAGACAAUAGCUGUAGAACACAGCGGGAACAACAAAACGCAUUGAAUUGCGCUCGACUACUGACCCGUGUGUUACCAUAUAUGUUGGAGGAACCAGAAUGGCACAGCUUCUUCUGGUCAUCACUGCCCGCUGCUGGUGAAAAUGAAUCUGUUCCUCUGGCACAGUCACUUAUCAAUGCUAUUUGUGAUCUUCUGUUCUGUCCAGACUUCACAGUGACCAGCACAAAGAGGUCCGGUCCUGAGCGUGCCGAAGAGCUGUCAUCGUUGGACAGUUGCGAGUACAUCUGGGCGGGAGGUGUUGGGUUCGCGCGCAGUCCGGCGCGGAGUGCGCAGCAUGAGGCGGCCCGCGCUGAGCUGCUGCGCUUGCUGCUCACCUGCUGCAGCGAAACUAUAUACAGACCCGCACACCUCGCUGCCGCGCAUCACAAUAAAUGGAUCGCUUACCUGACAAGUUCGGAGAACCGUCAUGCCUUGCCGCUGUUCACUUCGCUUCUGAACACGGUGUGCUCGUACGACCCGGUCGGUAUCGGUCUGCCGUACAACCACCUGCUCUUCGCCGACACGCUCGAGCCGCUAGUAGAGGUGGCCUUGCAAGUGCUGAUAGUGACAUUAGACCACGACACUAAUAACGUAAUUAAUGGAGAUUCAGAGGAAAAUCUUCCAGACAAUCUGUUCAUCAACUACCUGUCCCGCAUCCACCGCGAUGAGGACUUUCAGUUUGUACUGCGCGGUGUGACACGACUGCUCAAUAAUCCACUGGCGCAGACAUACUUACCCAACUCCUCAAAGAAGGUAGCCUUACACCAGGAGCUGCUUGUGUUGUUCUGGAAGAUGUGCGACUUUAAUAAGAAAUUCAUGUACUACGUGUUGAAGAGUAGCGAUGUGUUAGAAGUAUUGGUGCCUAUACUUUAUCAUCUUAACGACUCACGCGCAGAUCAAUCUCGUGUGGGUCUGAUGCACAUUGGGGUGUUCAUCUUGCUGCUGCUGUCAGGAGAGCGGAACUUCGGUGUGAGGCUGAACAAGCCAUACGCAGCCGCUGUACCAAUGGACAUAGCAGUGUUCACUGGCACACAUGCAGACCUGCUUGUGGUCGUCUUCCACAAGAUCAUCACCACCGGACACCAGCGUCUGCAGCCGCUGUUCGACUGCCUCCUCACCAUUCUUGUCAAUGUGUCGCCGUACCUGAAGACGUUGUCGAUGGUUGCGUCUACGAAGCUGCUGCAUCUGCUGGAGGCAUUCAGCACUCCAUGGUUCCUGUUCUCGCAGCCGCAUCAUCACCACCUCGUCUUCUUCCUGCUCGAGAUGUUCAACAAUAUGAUACAGUAUCAAUUCGAUGGUAAUUCAAAUCUUGUGUACACAAUUAUCCGCAAGCGGGGAGUUUUCCACGCGUUGGCAAACUUGCCUCACGAGCACAACGCCAUUGCGCGCUCACUCGCAGCAGCCAAACCAGCCAAACCCCUGCACAGGUCUCGCAGCGCGGAGUCAGUGAAGGAGGCGGCGAUGGAGGGAUCUCGUCCCGCGCAGCCUGCAGAGCCUGGCACACUCAAUGCCACGCUGCCUGACACACCCGCAAUAACAUCGAUGACGGAGCGCGAGUCGGCGCAUCCCAAGGACCAGCUGCUGCCCACACGCAGCGGGGGCGACGGACAGGACGGCGAGCGGGACCAGGACCAGGACCAAGACCAGGACCAGGACAAGGACCACAGGACCGCACGCAAGACCAGCCAAGAUACAGACAACAGAGAGAAUAACAAUGAUAAUGUGUCACAGCGUGCGGGGUGGCAGGCGACGGGCGAGUGGGUGGCGAGCUGGCGCAGCCGUCUUCCUCUGCAGACCAUCAUGCGUCUGCUGCAGGUCCUCGUGCCGCAGGUCGAGAAGAUAUGCAUCGACAAGGGUCUGACGGAUGAGUCUGAGAUCCUGCGGUUCCUGCAGCACGGUACGUUGGUGGGACUGCUGCCGGUGCCGCAUCCCAUCCUCAUCCGCAAGUAUCAGGCCAACGCUGGCACCGCCGCCUGGUUCCGCACUUACAUGUGGGGGGUUAUAUACAUCAGGAAUGUGGACCCCCCAAUCUGGUACGACACUGAUGUGAAACUAUUCGAGAUUCAACGCGUGUGAGUCUUAGCUGCGGGCAAACGCCCGGUAGAUAAUCUUAGUAAAAAUUAUAUGCAUUUCUAUAAUGUUUCUAACACAUAUAUUUUAGUGGCAACACUGAUUUUGUUUAAUUUUUAUUACUAUUUAUUUAAUUGCAAAUUUAUUUUAAGCUAGUGUUAUU